UCUCGCGCGCAAGCGCAGUGAAAUGCACAUGGUGGCGCCGGGCUAGAGGCAGAGUUGAGAAUUGAGUAGUCGAGCUCGGAACAUCCUUCGGUGUGUCUGGACUCGAAAUUGACCUGGAGGAUGUUAGGCUCCAAGAACACGCCCUGGCGGCGGCUUCAGGGCAUUUCCUUCGGGAUGUACUCAGCCGAAGAACUCAAGAAACUAAGUGUUAAAUCCAUUACAAACCCUCGGUACGUGGAUAGUCUGGGAAACCCAUCAGUGAAUGGCCUGUAUGAUCUAGCUUUGGGUCCUGCGGAUUCUAAAGAAGUUUGUUCCACCUGCGUACAAGACUUCAGCAACUGCUCUGGGCAUCUGGGCCAUAUCGAGCUCCCACUCACAGUGUAUAACCCUCUCCUCUUUGAUAAACUCUACCUGCUACUCCGGGGAGCCUGUUUAAACUGUCACAUGCUGACUUGCCCCAGGGCUGUGAUUCACCUGUUAGUCUGCCAACUGAAAGUUCUGGAAUUGGGGGCUCUACAAGCAGUCUAUGAAUUGGAGAGAAUUCUGAACAGGUUUCUGGAAGAAAAUGCUGAUCCUACUGGCUUUGAAAUCCAGGAAGAGUUAGAACAAUAUACCACUAAAAUUGUACAGAACAACCUUCUAGGAUCCCAUGGUGCACAUCAGGUGAAAAAUGUUUGUGAGAGCAGGAGCAAACUCAUUGCCAACUUUUGGAAGGCACAUAUGACUGCUAAGCGGUGUCCCCAUUGCAAGACUGGACGGUCAGUUGUUCGAAAGGAGCACAAUAGUAAACUGACAGUUACAUAUCCAUCCAUGGUGCACAAGAAAACUGACCAGAAGGACUCAGAAUCUCCAGGAAUUGAGGAAGCUCAGUUAGGAAGACGAGGGUAUCUGACACCCAGCAGUGCCCGGGAGCAUCUUACAGCUCUUUGGAAGAAUGAAGGAUUCUUUCUGAAUUACCUUUUUUUGGGACUGGCGGAUGUUGGCAUGGAGUCUGGAUUCAAUCCCAGUAUGUUCUUUCUGGAUUUCUUGGUGGUGCCACCCUCAAGGUACCGCCCUGUUAAUCGCUUGGGAGACCAGAUGUUUACCAAUGGCCAAACAGUGAACUUGCAAGCUGUCAUGAAGGACAUAGUUCUGAUCCGAAAGCUUCUGGCAUUGAUGGCUCAUGAACAGAAGUUGCCAACUGAGGUGGCAGAAUCUGCCACAGAUAAGGAGAAAGACUCUUCUUUUGUUAUGGACCGAUCCUUUUUGACUAUGCUGCCUGGCCAGUCCCAUAUAGACAAACUUUAUAACAUCUGGAUUCGCCUACAAAGUCAUGUCAAUAUUGUGUUUGACAGUGAGAUGGACAAAUUAAUGAUGGAAAAAUUCCCUGGCAUUAGACAGAUCCUGGAGAAGAAGGAAGGCUUAUUUCGAAGGCACAUGAUGGGAAAGCGAGUAGACUAUGCCGCCCGCUCCGUCAUCUGCCCAGACAUGUACAUCAACACCAACGAAAUUGGAAUUCCCAUGGUUUUUGCCACAAAACUGACCUACCCUCAGCCAGUUACCCCUUGGAAUGUUCAGGAACUGAGACAAGCAGUCAUCAAUGGCCCCAACGUGCACCCAGGAGCCUCUAUGGUCAUCAACGAGGAUGGCAGUCGCACAGCCUUGAGUGCUGUGGACCUAACCCAGCGAGAGGCUGUGGCCAAACAACUCCUGACACCAGCCACAGGGACUCCUAAGCCCCAGGGAACAAAAAUCGUGUGCCGGCAUGUGAAGAAUGGGGAUGUGCUUUUGUUGAACCGACAGCCCACCUUGCAUAGACCUUCUAUUCAGGCCCACCAUGCCCGCAUCCUGCCUGAAGAGAAAGUCCUACGGCUCCACUAUGCCAACUGCAAGGCCUACAAUGCUGACUUUGAUGGAGAUGAAAUGAAUGCUCACUUCCCCCAGAGUGAGCUGGGCCGGGCUGAGGCCUCCAUCCUGGCCUGCACAGACCAGCAGUACCUUGUGCCCAAGGAUGGCCAGCCCUUGGCAGGGCUAAUCCAAGAUCAUAUGGUCUCAGGUGCAAACAUGACUAUUCGAGGUUGCUUUUUCACCCGGGAGCAAUAUAUGGAGCUGGUGUACCGAGGACUGACGGACAAAGUGGGUCGUGUGAAGCUUUUCCCUCCUGCCAUCCUGAAGCCCUUCCCACUGUGGACAGGAAAGCAGGUGGUGUCAACACUUUUCAUCAACAUCAUCCCAGAGGGCUACGUUCCACUGAACUUAUCUGGAAAGGCAAAGAUUGGUGGGAAAGCCUGGGUGAAGGAGUCUCCUCGGCCUGUUCCCGGCUUUAACCCUGACUCAAUGUGCGAGUCCCAGGUGAUCAUCAGGGCAGGGGAGCUGCUCUGCGGAGUACUGGACAAGGCGCACUAUGGGAGCUCCGCCUACGGCCUGGUCCACUGCUGCUAUGAGAUCUACGGUGGUGAAACCAGUGGCAAGGUCCUCACCUGCCUGGCCCGUCUCUUCACCGCUUACUUGCAACUCUAUAGGGGCUUCACCUUGGGUGUAGAAGAUAUUUUGGUUAAGCCAAAAGCAGAUGUCAGGAGACACAGGAUUGUCGAAGAGUCCACACUCUGUGGUCCCCGGGCUGUGAGAGCUGCAUUAAACCUUCCAGAAGCAGCAUCAUGUGAUGAAGUCCGAGGGAAAUGGCAGGAUGCCCAUCUGGGCAAAGACCAGAGGGAUUUUAACAUCAUUGAUAUGAAGUUCAAGGAGGAAGUGAACCAUUACAGCAAUGAAAUUAACAAGGCCUGUAUGCCUUUUGGCUUGCACAGACAGUUCCCAGAGAACAACUUACAGAUGAUGGUGCAGUCUGGAGCCAAGGGUUCAACUGUGAACACCAUGCAGAUUUCCUGCCUUUUGGGUCAGAUUGAAUUGGAAGGUCGGAGACCCCCACUGAUGGCAUCCGGCAAGUCACUCCCCUGCUUUGAGCCUUAUGAAUUCACCCCCCGGGCUGGCGGCUUUGUCACUGGCAGAUUCCUCACUGGCAUCAAACCUCCUGAGUUCUUCUUUCACUGCAUGGCAGGGCGAGAGGGUCUGGUCGACACCGCUGUGAAAACCAGCCGUUCUGGCUAUCUGCAAAGGUGCAUCAUCAAGCACCUGGAGGGGCUGGUCGUGCAGUAUGACCUCACAGUCCGAGACAGUGACGGCAGCGUAGUGCAGUUCCUGUAUGGCGAAGAUGGCCUGGACAUCCCCAAGACACAGUUCCUACAGCCCAAGCAGUUCCCCUUCCUCGCCAGCAACUAUGAGGUGAUAAUGAAGUCAAAGCAUCUUCAUGAAGUUUUGUCCAAAGCAAAUCCCCAAAAAGCGCUCCGUCACUUCAGAGCCAUCAAAAAAUGGCAAAACAAGCAUCCCAACACCCUGUUGAGAAGAGGCGCCUUCUUGAAUUAUUCCCAGAAAAUCCAGGCAGCUGUGAAAGCCUCCAACCUCGAGGGCAAGAGCCAGAGCAGCCGCAGUUACGAGACUCAAGAGAUGUUGAGAAUGUGGUAUGAAUUAGAUGAACAAAGCCGGAGGAAAUACCAGAAAAAGGCAGCUCCCUGUCCUGACCCCAGUCUGUCAGUCUGGCGCCCAGAUAUCUACUUUGCUUCCGUGUCAGAAACAUUUGAAAAAAAGGUGGAUGACUACAGUCGUGAGUGGGCAGCUCAAGCUGAGAAGAGCUUUGAAAAAUCAGAGCUUUCCCUUGACAGGUUGAGGACCCUGUUGCAGUUCAAGUGGCAGCGUUCACUGUGCGACCCAGGGGAGGCUGUGGGCCUGCUGGCUGCCCAGAGCAUCGGAGAGCCCUCCACACAGAUGACCCUGAACACUUUCCACUUUGCGGGCAGAGGCGAGAUGAAUGUCACUCUGGGUAUCCCGAGGUUGAGGGAGAUUCUCAUGGUGGCCAGCGCCAACAUCAAGACACCCAUGAUGAGUGUGCCAGUGCUCCACACCAAGAAAGCGCAGAAGAGAGUGAGAAGCCUGAAGAAGCAGCUCACCAGGGUGUGCUUAGGGGAGGUCUUACAGAAAAUUGAUGUCCAAGAGUCCUUCUGUAUAGGGGAAAAUCAGAACAAGUUCCAGGUGUACCAGCUGCGGUUUCAGUUCCUGCCACAUGCAUAUUAUCAGCAAGAGAAAUGCCUGAAACCCAAGGACAUCCUGCACUUCAUGGAAACCAGAUUCUUUAAAAUUCUGAUGGAAUCGAUCAGAAAGAAGAAUCAAAAGGCAUCGGCUUUCAGAAAUGUAAACUCUCGAAGAGCAACACAGCGUGAUAUAGACGAUGCAGGCGAGUCUGAGAAGAAUCGGGGAGAGCAGGAAGGUAACGAGGAAGAGGAAGGCCACAUUGUGGACGCAGAAGCUGAGGAGGGAGAUGCCGAUGCCUCUGAUGCCAAACGAAAGGAGAAGCAAGAGGAAGAGGUUGACUAUGAGAGUGAAGAGGAGGAAGAAAAAGAGGGAGAGGAGGAGGAGGAGGACGCCCAGGAGGAAGGGACCCUGCCUGGGAAAGAUGGCCACAAGACCCAGGAGCAAGAUGAAGAGAUGGGCUCAGGGGCUGAGGAUGAAGAGGACUUGAAGCCAGCUGCCCCCCUGACACAGCACCAGAAACCCACUGGCAGCCAAGAGCCUCAGAGAGCAGAGACUGAGGAGCACCGGGCGCAGGCCGUGUGUGAAUCCCACCCAUACAUAGAGCGCUACCAGUACGACACUGAGGAGAGCCUGUGGUGUGAGGUGACAUUGAAGCUCCCUCUGAUGAAAAUUAACUUUGACAUGAGCUCCCUGGUUGUGUCCUUGGCCCACAACACCGUAAUCUACUCAACUAAGGGCAUCACGAGGUGCUUCCUGAAUGAAAUCAACAGUAGUAAGAAUGAGAAAGAACUUGUCUUAAACACAGAAGGAAUCAACCUCCCAGAGCUCUUCAAGUACUCAGAGAUCCUGGAUUUGCACCGCCUCUAUUCCAAUGACAUUCACGCAAUGGCCAGUACGUACGGCAUUGAGGCAGCGCUGCGGGUGAUUGAGAAGGAAAUCAGGGACGUGUUUGCUGUAUACGGCAUUGCAGUUGAUCCCCGCCACCUCUCCCUGGUUGCUGACUACAUGUGCUUUGAGGGCGUGUAUAAGCCACUGAACCGAUUUGGGAUCCGGUCAAACUCUUCUCCGCUGCAGCAGAUGUCAUUUGAGACCAGCUUCCAGUUUCUGAAGCAGGCCACCAUGAUGGGAUCCCGCGAUGAGCUGAGGUCCCCUUCAGCCUGCCUUGUGGUUGGCAAGGUCGUCAAGGGCGGGACAGGCCUGUUCGAGCUCAAACAGCCCUUGAGAUAGCCACUGAGGCUCCCAUCUGGAGGAUGACCCAGAGGCUUCAAGUGAGAGCCUGGCCUGCGCAACGUAUCAGGACAUCCAGAGACCAGAAUCGCAAGUGGAUCAAAAUGACAGCAUAGCAGUGAUCUCUGGGCUCCAGAAAACCACUAGCCCUUUGGCUAGACCAGCCUGACUUGGAAAGUGGCAUUGUUGUUUCUCUGCUCCUCUGCAUCUCAGGAUAUGAGCAAGGUGUCCCCUAAGCCCCCCAAGGCCUUGUGAGUUAGCCAGGCCUUCCUCUCCACUGCAGAAGGCCUCCACUGUGAAACCCCCAGUGAAACCCCUGGCUCCUCCAGGCUGAGGGAGCAGGAUCCAGUGACUGCAGUCAGGAGCCACCUGCCCCACAGCCCACUCUCCCUGUGGACCAUUUCCAAGGCUCUGCCCUGGGCCAAGCAGAGAGUGGCCUUUACACACCCAACUCCUAUGCUUGGGCCAGGAUCAGGUCUGGCUGGCAUGUGGCUGCAUGCUCUUUUAGACCAGAUCUUUCUAUGUCCCUGCGAUACACAUCAAACCCAGAUUGCCAACCAGUCUCCACAGUUUGAACAAGUUGCCUGGUUAGCUUCUGUGUCUCUGUUUCCAGUCCAGGCUUGAGGCGCAUGUUCCUUUCAUCAAGUCCUGCUCUGUCCAGGGACCUCCGACUUCCCUUAACCACUGGCAAUGACAGCAGGAGGCCCUGGCACUAGAGACUUGUACAAAAGGCUUUUGCAAAACCAUAGACUGCUUCUAUUUUUGUCUAGUGUUAUUCCAACUCCAACUCAGGAUUAAACAUCACUGGAACUAGUUUUUGGGAAAGAAAAAGAAAAAAUGAAAAUGGCUUGGGGUUUUUGCUU